UAGUUAUUGUUCAAUACAAGAAAUGAACCCUUCCAUACGAAGUAAACUUACACGCUUUGUGCUAAAUUUGGUUUAACUAUUGACUUGUUAAAAAUCUUCCUUGCCGUCUCUGCUACCCCAAAAGCACCGUAUCCUUUCGGUAACUGUAAAAAAAUUCAGUCUUUUUUCUUCCUAAAUCUUGAAAUACAUGAGUUUUCACUGAAUGGGUUGAUCUGGAUUGUGUAAUUUUGUGUUGAUUUAAGUUAAAGAUUGGAUUUUUUUUUUCAGUUUCUUGAUUUAACCCCCAAAUGGUCUGUUGUGGAAGUUCUCUACUGCCAGUUGACCAAGAAAUAACAGUGGCAUCCCAUCAAUUGGGGAAAAUCAAUCAAAUCCAAAAGAAAAAGAACAUGCCUAAUCAUUCUGGUUGUCAGCAAUCUCGUUAUGCUUUGAUUGAUGUAAUGAUUUUGAUUGCAGUGAUUGGUGCUUGUGGGGUUUUGCUGUAUCCUUCUGUUAAUCUUUUGGUGAAUAAAAUUGUUGAAUUUUUCAGAUUGAUCAGUUCUGAAUUGAAAGAAGAGAUUUUUGAAGCUCCAGGUUUAUACAUCUGUUUAGGACUUAGUAUUUUAUUUGCUGGAAUAGCUCUUUGUGCAGUUGCUGUAUGUACUGGCAGGAGAUGUGGGAAACCAGGUUGUCGUGGGCUUAAGAAAGCUGCUGAAUUUGAUAUUCAAUUAGAGACACAAGAUUGUGUUAAGAACUCAAAUCUUGUAGCAGCAAAAGAUGGAGUUAAUAAGAAGGGAUUAUUCGAGUUACCUCGCGAUCAUCAUAAAGAAUUGGAAGCUGAGCUUAAAAGGAUGGCACCUCCUAAUGGAAGAGCUGUACUGAUAUUUCGAGGGAGAUGUGGAUGCUCUGUAGGUACAAUGGAAGUGCCUGGACCCAAAAAGACUCGAAAGGUUAAGAAAUAGGAGUAAUGUUGUUUAUCUGUAAAACAUAUUUUAUACUGAAGCAGGCCUAAUGAUCAUAUAUUAUAAGAAGAUACUGUUUCCUACAAUAAGCUUAUUAAAAGAAAUCUAAUGAAUUUAUAUUUGUAUAUUGGAAUCA